AUGGCCCCCUCCUUCCCCGGCGCCCCCCCCUCGCCGGAUCCGACGCCCUCUGCCCAGAUCCAGCUCCCCCUCCUUUCCCGGCGGCAUGGCGGCGCGGAUCUGGGCUCUGGUGGUGGCGGGCGGCGGGCGGCGGGCGGCGGGCGGCGUGGCGGCGGACUUCGUGGUGCUGGCGUAGUGGUGGUGGUGGUGGUGCGUGGGUGUGCUGGCGGCCGAAUCUGGGCGCUGGUGUUGGCGGUAGCCGGUGGCAGCCGUGGUGGGCCGCUAGGUGCAAGGAGGCUGCAACACCGCGUGGGGAAGCAGGGUGCGGGCGGCAGCAGGCUGCGGCGGCGCAUCGGGUCGUUGGGUGCACCACCAGCGGGCCAAGAACGCUCAGAUAUCCUACAUCAAGAACGCCGCCGUCUCCCCUGUGUCUCGCUCGUCUUCUCCGCUCCGUCCCGGCUGCCAAGAACGCCUCCACCAACAACCUCCUGGCUGGCUUCGUCCCCGAUGACCGCUCUCUCCCCGGCCACAGAGAAGGUCAUGACCGACGACUCCAUCCCCCGCAGCCAGGACCACAGAUCUACUUCCCCUCAUUCUUUUCCCCAUGAUCUGCUCAAUGUCUGGCUUCCAAGUGCUCCUGUUGUGGUAAAAGAAAAUGAAUAG